GGUGCAGGAAUCGUUAUAUAGAGAUAGAGAUAGAGAUAGAAAUAGUCCCGCAACUCGGAGUGGAGGAGGUUGUCAGCACCCGCUCCCCGCGACUCCCUCGCCGGAGAUCCCGCUCGCGCCGAGGUGGUUGCCUCUCCCGAUCCGUCCCGGGCUCCCGGCAUCCCCGUCCCCAGGCAAUCGCGAAACCCUAGCCCCCUUCUCGCUCCCCACCACCCUCCAUGCCUCCCCGCCGAAGCCGCCGCCUCCGCGGUCAAGAGCCUGGUGAAGAUUGCCCCCACUCUUCGUGCCGGGAGGACAAGGAGCAUGAGGCUAAGCCUACAUCUGAACAGAUGCAGGCAGAGGAAUCAGCUCAGGUGUCACAGCUAUCAGGACGCUGCCUUACCUCGUCUCCAGUGCCAUGCAUAUGGGAGCAGCUGCGGCGUGAUUGGGGACGCCGGUUUUAUAUCAGACUCGAUGCUCAGGGAUGUUUCCAUACAUAUCCUGAUGUGGGUGGGCCAUUUAAAAGCUUACUGGAAACCAACGAGGCCAUUGAUCGCUAUCUCGAGGCCCGCCGGGAUCCAAAGAUGUGUGAAAAGCAAGAUAGGGCUAUAAGAGAAUGCCUUUACUGGCCUGAUGGCACAGUCAAGAGGCGUACAAUGUCAGAAAAAACUGAGAAAUCUGAAAUGUGUCAACUUGUUCAAGCUUUAGUGGACAAGUAUAAUGAGGACCAAAAUCUUUUGGAGGAUCUUGCACACGAACUCAAAGACGUUUUACACUACCAGUCAAUUAUUGAGAACCUGAAUUUGUACUAUCAUUUCAAUUUCACAACAAAGAUUAAAGGGGCUGAUCCAAAUGAAUGUAGCAUGGACAAUCUUUUCUUUGUGGAAGUGAAAUUUAUCCGACAAGGAAAGCUUACAGAACUGCAGGCUAACUGUUUCUACGCAGUUAAUCCGGAUGACAAUGGUCACUGCUUUGGUUGCACCAAAGAUGGAGAUUUUGGUAUGAAGCACCCUAGCGGUUCUGUUGGAUACACUGCUGGUCACUUGAAUGUGGGUUUGCCAUUUGGACACUUUGCAAAGUGGAAGAGGGACUAUGAGGAUGAGGAGGAUGAUGAUAAAUAUGUGAAAGCUAAGGAAGCUGAGCUAAGGCAGAUGUUCAAGGGCCUUGAUAACCCAGAUGUCAUGAAGAAACUAUGCACGCCCCCUCCAUGGGCAACUAAAAGAAAAGCGCAGGAGUGAAACAUCACAGUCCAUUGCAUUUCCUUGUGUCUGAUGUAUAUUUCGCAAGCAAUAGCCCUUUUAAUAAUUAUGUUAUCUACACAGGAACUCAGCUUGUUAGUUCAUGUUGUAAGACACUGAAGAAGAAAGCAUAUUUGAGUGGCACUGAGAAACCGUUUGAGUUGAGGUUGAGCUAUUUGUAACAUGCUACUCUAAAUAAAUAUCUUCAGAAUGCCCUCAGGAGACCUUUUAAUAAUAUUUUCCGCUGCA